AUGCUUAUAUUUGGACAGGUGUUCACUGUUCAGGACAUGACCUUCAAGGCUGGUGAUGACCUGGUCAUCUCUGGCAAACCCAAGUCGGAGUGUAAUAUAUUCUCCAUCAAUAUCGGUCAUAAUGCUGAUGACAUCGCACUCCACUUCAACCCCCGCUUUUGUUCUGGGGGCGACAGCAACGUUGUAGUGUGUAACUCCCUCCGAGGAGAAUGGGGUGAGGAGCAGAGGGAACACAGCUUCCCCUUUCAGCAGGGCGAGUCCUUCAAGGUGGUGUUUAACUUCAACAAUGAACAAUUUUUUAUCAAACUUCCCAACGGCACAAUGAUGAGCUUCCCCAACCGUUUCGGCGAUGACUGCUUCAAGUACAUUGACGUGCGAGGUGAUGUCAAGAUUCUGGGCAUCAAGAACAAAUAA